AUUUUCGUUUGAGUUGUGAAACCAUAGCAGACUAAACUUCAUUGAUCAGCUGACCGAGCAGUGGCGUAGAUUUUGAAUUCGUUAUCAGUAGUGAUAAGAAACAAACCAAUUUUUUAGCAUUUUGCAUCAUUGCGAAUUGUUAUUUUGAUUGAAGAAAACAGUUAUGAGGCUUGUACGUCUAGUGAAAACGUUGAGAUUGACGGGAAUUGAAGCUAAUAAUUUAUUUUCCAGAGCUAGCUCCUCUGAAAAAUGUAUAGAGAACUGCCAGGAAUCUCUAUACUAUUCAAGGAAAGGUGAUUCAGGAAAUACUACUCUGAUAAAUAGUGAGAAAGAACUGCCUAAAGAUGAUAAAAUAUUUGAAGCCAUUGGAGCUACUGAUGAGCUUUCAUCUCAUUUGGGGUUUGCCAAAGAAUACGGAGGUCAGCAGAUUUAUGGAGCGAAGCUGCGCAGAAUCCAAAUUAUGCUGGUUGACAUAGUUUCAGCAAUACAUAACUGUCAUGCCACCGACUCGGACCAGCUGAAAUUCUCUUCACAAAACACCAAAGAGCUAGAAGAGUGGAUAGAUGAGUACUCAAGUCAAUUGACACCUUUCGAGCCAAAUAUUUUACCGGGUGGAGGUCUAGCAUCGUCGUCUCUUCACAUAGCUAGAGCGGUUUGUCGUAGAGCUGAACGCUCUAUUAUUCCUCUAGUAAGAGAGGGCAAUCUCGACCGAGAAAUAUUGGCCUAUUUGAAUAGAUUGUCAGAUUUCCUCUUCACAAUUUCGAGAGUCGCCUGUAAAACGGAUGAAAGGAGUGAGCAUGUAUAUUCUUCAAAUAUGAAAAAAUGAAUAA